AUGAAUCAGGUUGAUCAAAAUAUAAACAAAGAUAUGAUUGAUUCUGAUCUGAUUGAUGUGGAGGCACUGGAUUUUUCUGAUGAUCAAACCUGGUUGUACGUAGUGCCAGAUGACUCUGGUCAAAGAGUUGACGUGAUAGAGUGGAAUUUAUCCUGUGAUUGGCCCAUCAAUGAAGAUUGUGAAUAUUUAAAAUCAGAAAAAGAACUUUAUUUGGUGUUAGAUAAUUUAUUAAAACAUGACGACGUCACGUUGCCAGAUAAGCAUAAAUUCGACUCUAGGACGUACGUCAAGCCAAAGAAACGCGUUCAAAGACCGAGCAUCCAGAGCAUCGUGGAGGUUACCUCCAAUCCACCCUCCAUGACGCUCAACUCGUCUCACAACCAGUCUGCCAACAAAUACCUAACGUACAACAAGUAUACAAACCCGUUGGGUCCAAUAUUGAGGCUAAAGACUUUCAAUGUAGAUACUAAUACAGAGAACAGCAGUGCUGUUAAAGAAUACGCAAUGAAGAGGAGGAGUCUCGUGCAAGAAGAUGAUCCUCAGCUUGAAGACUUGGAAGUGGGUCCGAGCUCAGAUGCCUCUGACCGGCUGUCGGGACACGUGACAUCAAGACCAAUCAACAUAGACCUUUCGCAGCCGGCUCAUAACUUGCACAACACGUUCAACAAAGGUCUUACGAAUGUACUGAAUGAACGCGGUAGCCUCAAUAUGUACCAAAGUGGGGAGUCACUCAUGCGGAUGUCACCACCGAGCCUUGUGUCUUCUUUGCUAAUGGAAAGUUCUGGAACAUUCAACUCUGAGUCAUUAGAAAGUAGAAAAUCUAUGCCAUCAUACAAGGACUCAGGUUUACCAACGUCAGGUCGCGAUAGCAUCGAUCCAAUGAUGACCAGCAUGACACUUAGCAUAUUAGAUGAGAAAGAUAUGAGCACUAGUUUUCUAUCACAGACAACCUACCCUGACAAUGACAGUCUAUUAGACUCAUUGCCGCCUAGCUUAGUCAGUUCAGUCAACUCCUCAUACGUUGUCAAUACGUCUAAAACAAAGUCGGACACUGCAGACGCAAAUAUAUUUAGUUCAGCAACCUUCACUCACUUAGAACAAUCAGAGAGAUUGUUGUCAGCCCGACCCAGAUGCCAACUCUAUAACAGUUUCACAAAACGCGACUCUGGUAUACGAAAUACGGAAAGCUAUACGAAAUCUAGAGAAGAGGCUUGUCAGAGCCAGAUAAACCAAGUUAAAGUACUGAAUGAAAAUACCGAUAAAGUAGAUGCACCUAAGCUAGCAAAACCCAGUGAAAUGAGUGAAACAAUAACACUGCAUUAUUCAAACAGUAAAUACAAGCACAACGAUGCGGAAAAAGAGAAUCUGAAUGAAACAUUCAAAACUGAUGAUGCGUUCUUCAAAGACAACUAUAUGCAAAAAACUGUGGAUUCGGGAAAGAAUAUUCUCAACAUGACUUUAGAUAAACAGGAGUUGAACGAAAUUAAACAAGCUCGUCAGAAGCUGUCAUUAGCGAGGAAAGGAUUGCCAACUGAACCCGACAAACCUUUGCCAAACCAAGUUGACACAUCACCUAUUAAAACAAUACAGCUACCUAACCAAAUAAUAACAGUGCCACGGCAGAGUAUGGAGAAUGUUUCGGAAGCACUGGCAAAGAGGAGAUCCAUGAAUUUGAACAACUACGAGAAACAAGAAGAACCAACAAGAGAGACGCCGAAAAGGAACGCGACGUUUAGGAAAGUGUCGCCUAAACAUAGCGCAAUGGACACAACUGUUGUGUACGUUAAAGCGGACGAAAACCAAAUGAUUGAUAUCAAUUCUGCUACUAUGAACCUUAUUGAUGCCGGUGAAAAGACUUUGAAACAAGACGAAUGGGGCUCUCAAGAGCGGGCCAUGGUUGGGUCUAGCGAAAGUACGGACACCGGCACGUUCAGUUCCUCCAGCCCUCCUGACAGCGUGCCCGAUACAGCCGUACACACGCACGAUCAUGGACAAAUCGCCUCAACACCGCUCAUGGCAUUAAAGAAAGGCUCCAAAAGCGAAUUAUUGAAUCUGCAUACAACUAUAUCGCCUAUAUACGACAUGAUCGAUGACAAAUCGUACACCCUAAUGAAAGCACAGAGCUCUGGAAUGGAACAAACCUACAACCUUCAUAAUACAACAGUAAUAAACAGCGCCACUAUGGUUAAAAAGAAUUCAGCCAAACGGGACAUUUUGGCGGGAAAAACAAGUCCCGAACAAAACAUAGCACCUGGUACUACGGUCAAAUCACCGACUAAUCGAAUUCCUCCAACUAAUAUAGGAUCGUAUAGUUCAAUGGCCCCACCAACAGUAGUUCCGAGGAAAACCGGCUUGCCAACAUCUAAAUUAAGACAAUAUAGUUCACAUAAAGAGCUUAACAGGAUACCAGGCGGAAAUAUAAGCGGCAUGUCAGCACCGAGAACAUUGGUGGGGCGUACGAUGGUGCGCCGCGGGGUGUACGCUUCAAACCCCGCGCUCAGUCCCACCGCCCCCACGGCCCCCGCCUACCCCACGCACACAAUCUCGCACCCAACCAAACUCACGCACCCAUCACCAUUUACGAACCCAGCACCGCCUAUACGGAGAGACUCGUAUACUGUAGCUGUUGAUCAGAAUCCUCCAGAUGAGAAGGACAAACAGACACAAAAGCCCUCUGUGCCCGCAUUAGUACGACAAGGUACAGAAACUCUGCGACGUGAACGGCCGCAGAGUCAACUCGUCGCACCCAGAGAUCUUCGGACGUCUGGAGUGCACACGAGCAGCAGCGGGGUGCGGUUGCCUGUGCGGAAUCACUAUAUGCCUCCACCGUCGCGCGCUUACUCAAUAGCGGGCGCGACACAAACGCGUGUUUCAAGGCCGACGUCAGUUCCGACGCAGAGACCUGUCGCAGUUCCAGUGUCCGAGUCCCGUUUAGGGACAGGAGCGGAGUCGAGGGUAUCUGCUCUGCCCAGACCCUCGCGGUUACCAGCGCCGAGGCGGGGUCUCAGACCACCAUCGGUAUACUCGGUCGCGCCUACAGCAGACGUCGACCAUUACUGA